CUGCAGAUAUCGGAGCCGGUGCACUCAUCCAUUGCAAGUACGAGCCACGUGGCGCACGCUUUGUGACACGAGGCCACGAAACCAAACAAAGAAAAACCCGUGGGCCGUGGUCACUCCGUCCGCACGGCGACUGGACUAUACUGCUACCAUGAACCUCGCCGUCGCAGCCGCACUGCCGUCCGUGACGCCACGUACCGGCGUCGUGCUCCCACGGAGCAGUCGCCGACACUGCCCCCGCGGGGUCGUCCCACGCGCGGCCUCGAGCUCCGUUUCCUCCUUUACCUCCCCCUCAGCAGCGGCGGCGCCCAUCUACACGCCCACGCCGCAGGACCGGUCUCUCCGGACGCCGCAUAGCGGGUACCACUUUGAUGGCACGGCUCGACCUUUCUUUGAAGGAUGGUACUUCAAGGUGUCGAUUCCAGAGUGCAGGCAGAGUUUCUGCUUUAUGUACUCUGUUGAGAACCCUCUCUUCCGUGAUGGUAUGAGUGAUUUGGACAAGUUGUUAUAUCGCCCACGCUUUACUGGUGUGGGAGCACAAAUCCUUGGUGCGGACGAUAAGUACAUAUGCCAGUUCUCUGAGAAAUCAAACAAUUUUUGGGGAAGUAGGCAUGAACUAAUGCUGGGAAACACUUUCAUUUCCAAUAAAGAGUCAACCCCACCGCAAGGGGAGGUGCCCCCUCAGGAUUUCUCUAGGCGUGUUUUGGAAGGGUUCCAAGUCACCCCAAUAUGGCAUCAAGGUUUCAUACGUGAUGAUGGAAGGUCAAACUACGUGCCAAAUGUCCAAACAGCUCGCUGGGAGUACAGCACUCGUCCAGUUUAUGGGUGGGGUGAUGUCAAAUCUAAGCAGUUGUCCACAGCUGGAUGGAUAGAAUGGGAUGGAGAACGGUUUGAAUUUGAAAAUGCUCCAUCUUACUCAGAAAAGAACUGGGGCGGAGGUUUUCCAAGAAAGUGGUAUUGGAUCCAGUGCAAUGUCUUCCCAGGAGCUUCUGGUGAAGUUUCUUUAACUGCUGCUGGUGGAUUGAGGAAAAUUGGACUUGGUGAUACCUAUGAAAGUCCUUCACUGAUUGGAAUACAUUAUGAGGGACAGUUUUUUGAAUUUGUACCUUGGACUGGAACAGUAAGCUGGGACAUUGGACUGUGGGGUCUUUGGAAAAUGUCUGGCGAGAACAAAACUCAUCUGGUAGAAAUAGAAGCAACCACUGCAGAAUCAGGAACUGCUCUGCGCGCUCCUACUAUCGAGGCUGGACUGGUACCAGCGUGCAAAGACACCUGCUAUGGAGAUCUAAGGCUACAGUUGUGGGAAAAGAAAUACGAUGGUAGCAAGGGAGAGAUGAUACUCGACGCCACAAGCAACAUGGCAGCACUAGAAGUUGGCGGAGGCCCCUGGUUCAAUGGGUGGAAAGGGACAACUGUUGUGAACGAGGUUGUAAAUAACAUUGUGGGCACGCCAGUCGAUGUAGAGAGCCUCCUCCCAAUCCCAUUUCUUAAGCCCCCAGGCCUAUAGGAUCACCAACGAAUGUCACAAUGAAGAAGUAUCACGGAUAUCAAUGUUGAUCAUACAGUAAAACUGUGCCCAGUUCAAUAAUAAUUCAUGAUUUUUACUUGUUUUUUA